AUGGUUCGUGCUUUGAGACUUCUUGUGGCUCUGCCACUUGCGGCAGCAUGGCCAGGUGUCAUGGAAACCAACGAACGUCUCCAGAAGCGCGUUGAGCCCGAACCGAGAGAGCCUCUCUUCAAGUCUGGAAGACCAAAUACCAGUCAGCCACCCUUAGAAUUUAACGCCGCAGAGCAGUUCGUCGAUACCAGACCGGGAAGUGGGCAUGAGUUUCAGUCUCCUGGUACUGGUGAUCUCCGUGGUCAAUGUCCUGGGUUGAAUGCAGCUGCGAAUCACGGCUAUCUUCCUCGCAACGGGAAGGUCACUACAACGCAGACAAUUACUGGACUUGGGGAGGCAUACAAUAUGUCCCCAGAUCUUUCUCUUUUCCUAGCUAUUGUCUCAAUUGCUUUGGCAGGAGAUCCUCUCACACAAACUUGGAGCAUCGGUGGAGCCUUUCCUCCAUCAGUCCCUCUCCUCUUCGGUAACCCGUCGGGUAUUGCUGGAACACACAAUCAAUACGAGAGUGAUGCUUCCAUCGUCAGAGGUGAUGCUUACCUCAACAACGGAAACGUGGGAGUCUUCCAAAUGAGAUCGUGGGAGCACUUCUACAAUAUGGGCGAAGAAUACACUUUAGAUAUGGCUGCUGCCCAGAGUGAUUAUGUUACUCGUUGGUCGAUCUUGAACAACCCAUACUACUUCUCUGCUCCGUUCGCUGGUCUCGUCGCCCCUGCAGCGCAUGAUUUCGUGAUCAACUUCAUGUCCAAUCGUUCUGCCGAGAACCCAGGUGGUGUACUCACCCGCGAAGUCCUGAAGUCUUUCUUCGCUGUCACUGGAGAGCCUGGAAGCUUUGUCCACAACAGAGGUCAAGAGAGAAUCCCAGAAAACUGGUAUAAGCGACCAGCAGCCAACGCAUACAACAUCCCCGAAGUUGUGAACGAUGUCUUGAUUAACAAUGCUAUGUACCCAGGAAUCGUGAGAUUUGGAGGCAAUACUGGAACAGUCAACAGCUUCGUUGGUGUUGAUAUUACGGAUUUCACUGGAGGUGUUUUCCACCUCGCCGAUCUAGCCGAGGGCAACAAUGGCGCUUGUUUCUUGCUUCAGGCUUCGAUGCAAGGCCUUCCGGAUUCUACUGAUCCUCUUCUUGGUGCUGCUGGAUCUAUCCUUGGUUGGGCAACACAACAACUUGGUCCGCUGAGUGCAAAAUUGGGAUGCCCGCAACUCGUUUCAUUCAAUCAUGCGUUCUUUGACCAAUUCCCUGGUGCAAGCUACAAGACUCAAGGACAAUGA